AUGCAAAUGGAAUCGCCAAUGGAAAUGAACAACACCGGAGUCCCCGGAGCCCCCGAGGCGGAGCCUGCGUCCGGUCUCGGUGCUGCUGGUAAUGCUAGUGUUAGUAGGGGAUCUAGCCCCGGGGCGCCGACCCAGUCCUCACAGCCUUCCUCUCGUCAACUAGAUGAACAGCUCGACCUCGACCUGAAACUCGAGAGCCUCACGCUCGAAACGGAAACUACCCACACGGCUACUAGCACCAGCGCCGCUAGCUCAACUUCUUAUCACCACUGGCAGCAGCAGCAGUCGUCGUCUUCUUCGACUGCAACUUCAUCCUAUAACGCAUACAGGCACCACCAGGCGACGCGCGAGUUUUUGCUUUCUCUCCAAUACUCGGAGCACGCGCACGCCGUCCUCACGCUCGACCAGCAGCAGCGGCACCCAUACCAAUCGCACGCCCGAUCACACUCGCACGCCGAGCUCCCCCUGAACCCAAUCUCGAUCCAGCCCUCCCUCCCCCCGUCCCUCACCACGACGCCCGACAGCCCCAUCGCGCGCUCCGUGCCCCUCCCCUCCGUCGAGGACGUCUUCACCUCGCGCCCGUGCUCGCCGUGGCAGGGUGACUUUCCCGACUCCCCCUCCCCUUCCCCGCGCAAUCAGCCUCCUGGAGUAGGACACGAGCACUGCUGCGAGCCAGUGUACAGAAACAGGCUGCUGGACAUGGUUCGUGACGAGUUUGGCUCGGCGCUCGAGCUGGAUGACAACUCCAGCGUCAAUAGCGGCUUGAGCGGGUCAACGCACGGAUUGGAGCUCGAAGGCAUGAGCCGCACAGUAUCGCGCAGCGCGAGCCGCUCCGUUAGCCGCAGCAACACCAUUCGGUCGGUACGCUCUGCCGUCUCGCGAGCGAGCACGAGCAGAGGCAUCUCGCCGCAGCCCACAAUUGUGCUGAGCCUCGAGGGCGACGACGAGGAGAUGCUCCACGAGGGCACCGAGGACGACGGCAGCGCACAGCGUUCGUUUCGGCCCCUAACCGCAAGUGACAUAGGGGGAAGCGGGGAAGCAGCCAUCGACGCCGGCGAAGGAGUCCUGGACGCCUCCGAACCAACGACUGGUGCCCGCGAAGCCCGCGAAGCCCCCUCAGAAGCGCAGGAAACCCUCGAGGCUCAGGGAGCAAGCGAAACGUGUGCGCUCGUUGCGAGCACCCUCAGCGUGGCCGAGUUACGCACGCUGGCACUGCCCCCUUCCUGGCCCCGUGUGUCGCUUCUCUCGCCCGAGAAGCUCGUCAUCGACCGGCGCGUGCACUCCGCUUCGUCCGCUCCGGCGACCGUGAUCCCCGACCCAGACUUCGGGGGCAUGGUGCCCCUCGACAUCCCCGAGUUCCAGCUCGGCGAUGCCGCCAUUGACGUGAGUGCUGGUGGGUCGAGCCUUGGGUCGCAACUUGGCUCCAGUGUUGGCAGCAGUACCUCGGCGUGCUCCAGGAUCAGUAGGGAUAGGAAGGGUAGCAUUGAGACGGCGAUCACUUGCUCGAGCCUUGCUAGUUGCGCGGCCCCUGCUUGUGCAGGGACCGGUGUUGGGCAGGGGGCAGCGCAGGGCGUGCUCUUCGGAAGAGACUUUGCAGCCCGCCUCAUGUUGGAACUGUACCGCGCCUCGAUGCUCAAGAGCCCCAUUGCGUCGCCUCUCAGCUCGCCAACUCAGUCGCCGUCGACGGGAACAGCGACGGCAUGGUGGGGUGGAGGUCUGAGCGUGCGCGCUGCAGCUCGCGAGGUGCUCCGCGACGAUGAGCCCUCCGAGCCCCUUCCCCAGGGUAGCAGUUCGGGCAGCCUCGGACUCGGCUUCGACGCCAACGCGCAAGAGGUCGUCCUCCCCGACUCGGACAGUGGAUCCAACUGUUCCACGCCCAUUGCGGCGACGGCACCUCGUAACCGGCCUGUCGUGACUACCUCCGGGUUCAGACUCGAGGGCAAGGUGUUCGAGUUCGAUCCCCCCUUCGCUCCCUCCGAGGCCGAGCUGCUCUGCCGGGAGCUCCUCGAGCUCAUCUCGCGCGAAGGUGUCGAAGUCGCGGGAUACCAUCCGCACUAUCCGCCCAACUACGGCUCGCCCGAGAUCAACGGGCACAUUCCCUAUGCGCCAUGCGGCCUCAGUGCUCGACUGGCCGACCCGCGUGCUGCGUCCCUCGGACCCCUUGCGCCAGAACUCGCAACGACGCGCCCGUCCACACCCCCCGACACGCCGACGGUCGGCUGCGCCCCCCUCCCCACCCUCACGGCGCCCGUGACGCCGAUCCAGACCCGACCUUCCUCGCCCACAGUCCUCCAGAAGGCCGUCGCUAUCAACGCGGCCCUCCAGCAGCUGGCGCGAAACUCCGGGUCGCCCCUGGCGGGGAUCAACGUGACGAACGAGCGGCCGUCAAGGCUCGAGGAGAUGCGUCGGCAAUCGCUCCGCGCGGCCGGCAUCGCGUCCCCGAGCAGCUCGGGCGGCUCCCCCGCGCCCUCGGGGGCGCGACGCAAGUCGCUCGAGUGGGCCAAGAUGACCCCGCGGUCCUCGGGCGAGUACGCGCGAGACAUAUUCGGCGGCCUCCUGCGCGAGUCGGCACCGAACGCGAGUGUCUCCCAGCCGUCGAGCCCCGAAUUCCUGAAACGGAAACUGGCAGGAUCGACGGGUGAAUGGGACCUCAGCACGACCGAGUCUGCGCCCGGAUCUCCGAAGAGUAGUAGAAGGAAUACGCUGAGCGGCCUCGGACUGUUCCUCAGCCGGGCUAGGACGAAGCAGAAGUAG